AACUCUUUGUUUAUUAUUAUUGCCCUCAAGAAUAGCUGAAUUUUACGAAAAUGCUACGGUUUUUGGUUUUGCUCUGCAUUUUCUCAACCGUUUUGCCGUUAUGGAAUUUGGAGAAGUGUGUAGCGGCUGAGGAUUUGAUAACGUGCUCCGGGAUAGUACCGACGAGGCACCGAAACGACAAGAUCUCGAUCACCGACUUCGGGGGCGUCGGUGACGGGAAAACGUUGAACACGAAGGCGUUUCGGGAAGCGAUAUAUCGGAUUCAGCACCUGAGGAGGAGAGGUGGCACGCUGCUUUACGUGCCUCCAGGGGUGUACUUAACGGAGACCUUCAAUCUCACUAGUCAAAUGACGCUUUAUUUGGCUAGAGGUGCUGUUAUCAAAGCCUCUCAGGAUACUCAGAAUUGGCCACUAAUUGCUCCUUUGCCAUCUUAUGGAAGAGGGAGGGAGCUUCCUGGAGGAAGAUAUAUGAGUUUUAUCCAUGGAUAUGGACUUCGUGACGUAGUAAUUACUGGUGAGAAUGGGACAAUUGAUGGCCAAGGAGAUGUCUGGUGGAACAUGUGGAGGCAGCGAACUCUUCAAUUUACUAGACCGAGUCUCAUUGAAUUUAUGAACUCAAGAGAAAUUAUCAUUUCCAAUGUUAUUUUCCGGAAUUCGCCUUUUUGGAACAUUCACCCUGUCUAUUGCAGCAAUGUUGUUAUCCGCUAUGUUACAAUAUUGGCUCCAGCUGACUCUCCCAACACUGAUGGCAUUGAUCCAGAUUCAAGCUCUAAUGUCUGCAUAGAGGACUCGUACAUAGCAACCGGAGAUGAUCUUGUGGCAGUGAAGAGCGGGUGGGAUGAAUAUGGAAUUGCUUAUGGUCGUCCUAGUUCUGGCAUCACAAUCCGACGGAUAACAGGAUCAUCCCCAUUUUCUGGAAUUGCAAUUGGAAGUGAAACCUCUGGUGGGGUGGAGAAUGUCUUGGUAGAACACAUAAGCCUUUUCAACACGGGAGUUGGUAUCCAUGUGAAGACAAACAUUGGUAGAGGAGGGCUGAUAAGAAACAUUACAGUAUCUAAUGUGUAUAUCGAAAAAGCUCGAAAGGGGAUAAAGAUUGCAGGCGAUGUUGGGGGUCACCCUGAUGAGAGAUACGAUCCAAAUGCUCUCCCUGUUGUCAAGGAUGUCACUAUUACAAAUGUUUGGGGAGUGAAGGUUCUGCAAGCGGGUUUAAUAAAAGGCCUGAAGAACUCCCCUUUUACAGGGAUUUGCCUCUCGGACAUCAACCUUCACGGUGAUACUCAGGAAAAACGAAGUCCUCCUCCUUGGUCGUGCUCUGAUGUUAGUGGAGCAGCUCACCAAGUAAGCCCAUGGCCGUGUUCAGAGUUGUCCCCCAGCGUUCCGAGUAACUCAUGUUCCAGUCACUUCUAAAUUCUAAUAAUAUUCAUGUAAUUUUCCAACUCAGUUGAAGUAAGUUACAAUGAUUUUUUUCUUUAAUUUAUUUUAAUUUCAGAAUGCAAAGCAAAGAAUUGUUUCCCACAA